GAAUUCAGUUUGAAAGGUUUGGUUGGUUGCUGAACAUCUCGGAGAUCCACCCUUACUAGAUACCAUGAAUUUGUUGUUCGGUCUGCUGGUGAUCCUAACAAUCAAGCUGCAGUACUGUAUGGCAACGACAACAACAAACUUAGAUGAAAUUGUGUUCAAAGUAAACACUAAUAAAUAUGCACAUCAAAUAGCUAGGCGAAGUAUUGAUUCUGGAAGUUUAUCUAAUUCUGGUGAUUUAAUCAAAGGAGUAGGUGAUGUUGUGAAUGCAGUUGGGAAGAGUGGGGAAACUCUCAUUGAUUCAGUGCGCAAAAGCAGUGCUCCUGUAUUGGACGUAGUAGGAAAUAUCGUCAAAACGAUCACAAGCUCUGAUUUCAUCAAACAGUCCGUCGCCGUUAAACAAAAUGUUAUCUCAAACAUUGGAAAUACAGUUGCAGCUGUAAAUAGUUUGGCUGGAACAGGGGGUAAAUUAGUAGAGGUUAAAAUAUCACUGGUUCGACAAGUCCUGUGUAAACUGGUUUGUCCUCUUCUACCUUCAGCAACCGAUCAAUCAAGAUGUACCAGCAGUCAUUGUAAAUAGUUCACGGCAUUUUUAAAAUUUGCACUUUGCACAUGUUUACUUGAAAUAAACAAUUAGAACAUC